UCGUAAAGGUGAAUGUUUCGUACAAAAAUAAAAAAUAAAUUGAUUAAGAUUUUUUGGACAUCAGAGAAAAUUCACGUGAAUUUUUUUGUUUUCUCAGAUUUAGAUCUCAGCAAAAUAAGAACAAUUUUUUUUUUGAUUUCUUCUUGUUUUUUAAGUGAAAAAUAAUAAAUUAUCCUUUGAAUUUAGUGGUGACAAAAAAAAAUUUCUUUUUCAAUUUUUUUCAUUCUUUUAUAAAAUUUUUAAGACCCCUAUUUCAAAUGUAAAAAAAAAAACAACGAAAACCGAAAAACUUAUUUGAAAAGAGUGUAUUUGAAUGCCACAUUAAAAUAUAAAGAGUUUUUAAACAAUUGUAAUAUUUCCGGACCGGACGUAUACAUCGUUAAAAAAAAAUACGUACAUACAUACAAACAUAAUAUAAAAUAUGUUCCAAGGGAUCUUCUCAUAUUAAAUGAAAUUCAAUAGAGAAAGAGAAGAACGUUCUAUUUAACUGUGGACUAUAUUAUUAUUAUUCAAUUUUUUAAAAUAAAUACAAAAAAGAAAAUAUGUAAUGUGUAUAUUUAAAUUUAAAUUAUAUAAAUAUGUAUGUACAUAUAUAAAAUAUACGUAAAUUUGUAAAAGUAAUACAGGUGAAAUGAAUUUAAUAGAAAAAAUAAAUAAAAAAAUAAUAUGUGUAUAGACUUACCUACAAUGUUUUAAGUAUGUAAUUAAGAAGUGAAUGAAUUUAUUUUGUGUGUUUUUUUUUUUUUGCUUUUAUUUUGUUUUUGAAAUUUUUGUAUAAAUGUGGUUUUAAAUUUAAACAGUUGUUAAAACAUCAGAAUAUAUAAUAUAAAAAAUUUCACUAAGAAUGGAAGUGAGAAAAACAUGUAUUACUAUUCUUUUACUAUUGAAAUUAUUUGUGGCAGCUGAUGAUGAUGAUGAUAUUUCAAAUACUAAUUAUCAAAAUAUUCUAAUGAAAAAUAAUUCAGAAAUUUUAAUAAAAUCAUCAACACCAAGUGAUACAAAUAAAUUAAAAAAUACAAAGUCAACAUAUUAUACAAAACAUAUUAAUAAAAUAUCAACAAAUAAAAAGAAAAAUCCUAUCGAAAAUAAACCAAUUCUUUUAAAUCCCGAUGAUGAUUCAAUUGAAUGGAAAUGUCCUAAUAUAACUGUAACAAAAAAUUUAGAAUGUGGCUGUGAUUUACCACAUACAUUACGAUGUAGUGGUGAUAUUCAUGGAUUAUCAGUCUUAGCUUCAGAUCUUCGAAUAUCACCAUAUAAAGUUUCACUAUUAGAUUGUUCAUUAAAAAAUGUCUCAAUAUUAAAUGAUGCAAAAAUAUUUGAAGAUGUACCACUCGAUGGCCUAGUUAUAUCUGGUGAAAUAAAGAGAAUACAUAAAUCAGCAUUUUUAGGAUUAAGAAAACCUCUUCAAGCUCUAGGUUUGCCAGGGAAUUCUUUGACCUCAGUUCCAUGGAAUUCAAUUUCACCUCUAUAUUCACUAGAAAGAGUUGAUUUAUCAAAUAAUAAAAUUAAAAGUUUAAAUCCAAUGGAUUUUUUUAAUUUAACAAAUUUAAUAUUUUUGGAUAUAAGUAAUAAUCAAAUAACUAGUAUUUCUCCAAGGACCUUUGUUAAUUUAAGACAUUUAGAAACGUUAAAGUUGGGUGGAAAUCGACUUGGUGAUUUUCCAUCAAGUUUAAAAGGAAUCGAAAUGUGUUUGAACUUAAGAAAUCUUGAUUUAAAAUCGAAUAAUUUGAAUGGACGAUUGAAAGAUGAUUUUUUACCAAAAUUAAAUAAUUUGGAAACAUUAAAUUUAAACAGAAAUUUAUUAAAAAGCAUUGAAAACCGAGCACUUCAUAAUUAUCCAAAAUUAACAGUUUUAUCUGUAGCACACAAUCAAAUCGAUGUUCUUCAAGAUCAUGCCUUUUAUGGAUUAUCAUUGUUGGAGACCUUAGAUUUGAGUUAUAAUGGAAUUGUAGCUGUAUCGAGUGCAUCACUUCAACAUUUGUCUAGACUAAAGAAUUUAGAUUUAACACAUAAUUUUUUAAGAGCUCUUACAUCAGAUUUAAUAGCACCACUUCCAUCUCUAAAAACUCUUCAAUUAUCUGGAAAUGAAAUAUCUAUUGUUUCAAAAACUGCUUUUGUCAAUAUAACCGAAUUGACAAGUUUGUCACUACAGGAGAAUCCACUUUCAUGUGAUUGUUUGAUUCGACCGUUCGCUGAAUGGUUGAAAUUGUCGUCAAUGACUCAACAAGACCUAGAAAGUGCUACUUGUAUGACUCCUCCAAGAUUGGAAGGUGCACCUUUAAUACAAAUUUCAUUAGAUACAUUAAACUGUGAUACUGACAGUAAUAUAAUGGAUGAUGAUACAACAACUGAUUAUCCUAAUGUUUUUGAUAGAAUGAAAGAAUUUGCUAAUGUUGGUUUAUCAGUUCAAGAUUUAAAUGAAAAGAUAUAUCUAAAGGAUCUUCAUUUUUCGGCCGAUUACGGUUUGAUUCUUACUUGGGCAUUAGAUAUGAGUGAAGAUGAAUAUACAUGCGAUACAAUUUUCAUUUAUAAACAGGAUCAAAAUCAUGAAAUUCUGGUUGAGAAAUCCCCGAUUCAUUGUGAAAGUAAAAUAAUAAAUAAUCUCAAUUUCGUAAGCGUUCUUGUGCCAGACAGCUCAAAUUUAAAUAUUGGAGAAAGUUAUCGAUUCUGUCUUGUCUUAGCCCACGAACUAAAUUCUGACUUAUAUGUUGGAUGUUCAAAUAUGACUCAACUUCGUAAUAAAAUUAAAGAUAAUAAAUUUUCUAUAAUACCAAAUAAAUUACCAUUACCAUCAGAUAUAGAUGAUUUUAGUUCACAAACAAAUAUACCAGCUAGUCGUACAUCAACUGUUUUAACAAAAACUGUUUAUCGGAAUACAAAUGAUCAAAAUCGAGCAGUAUUUGAUAAUUUUAAUAAAAGUUUUUAUCCAAGUCUUGUACUUACAAUCUUAGUUAUCAGUAUGUUAGUAUUAGUAUGGGGUGUAACAAAAAUUCGAAAUGCAGCAAGAAUGUUUCAAUCACCAGCUACUAUAUGUUAUUCAGCUACAUCAGAUCGAUCAAUGUUAAAUGAUCAACAGCAAACAGAAAAUCGUUACUUAAAAUUACAAGCCACAACUAGUCUUUAGAUUUGAUGUUUUCAUUAAAAUAUCGCAAAGUAUAAAAGAAAUACAUCCUUUUUAUUAAUUUAAGAAAUUGUAAAAAAAAAUAAAAUUAGAACCUUUUUAAUAAGGAAUUUUAAUAUAAAUCUGAAGAAAGCUGUAAAUAGACUUAACCAAAAAUUAAAUACCUUUUUCUCGAGAAAAAGGUGUAGAAAAAUUAUUUAAUACAAUAUUAGAUGCUUCUAAUAU